UCAGUGGAAAACACUGCGCAGUCGCGUGCAGCACGACGGCGGAGGCAGGACUGGCUCUCUCUCGCGCGCUCUUCUUCAAGGGGGACGUUUCUCGGAGCCUCGUCGUUCUUGUUGAUUUCCGCCGGUGGCGGCUGAGGCGAUUAUGGAGGCGGUGACCGGCGCGGCGGCGCCCAGGGUGGUGGGCGCGAGCCGCGGCGUGGAGCGCGCGCUGGAAGAGGCGGCGGGCUCGGGCUCGCUCAACCUCAGCGCGAGGAAGCUGAAAGAAUUCCCGACCGCGGCCGCGCACUACGACCUCAGCGACACGGUGCACGCAGAUCUUUCAAAGAAUCGUUUGACGGAAGUUCCUCCUGAAGUGGCGCGUCUCGUUUCGUUGGAAACGCUGAACCUUUAUCACAACUGUAUCAAAAGCAUUCCUGACUCCAUCAUCAGCCUGCAGUCUCUCACAUCAUUAAAUAUCAGUCGCAACCAGCUGUCGGUGUUGCCGGUGUGUGUGUGUGGUCUUCCUCUGCGAGUCCUCAACGCCAGCAACAACAAACUCAAUGCUCUGCCGGAAAGCAUUGGCCAGCUCACCAACCUCAUGGAACUGGAUGUGAGCUGUAAUGAGGUCACGGCUCUCCCGCGCCACAUCGGACGGCUCAAAGCUCUACGAGAGCUCAACGUGCGCCGGAACCUUCUGUGUGUCCUGCCCGAAGACUUGGCAGAUCUACCUCUGGUAAAGUUUGAUUUCUCCUGUAAUAAAGUUUCCACUAUUCCCAUCUGCUACCGCAAAAUGACUCAGCUACAAUCACUACAUCUAGAGAACAACCCACUACAGAGCCCCCCAGCACAGAUUUGUAUAAAGGGGAAGGUUCACAUAUUUAAGUACCUCGCCAUGGAGGCGUGUCGCAGCGACAAGAUGGCCGACGCGCUCUACCUGCCGGUUAUGGACCACCUCAGCUUAUCGCGUCCCACCACUGGCAGUACGGAGGACAUUGAUCAACAUAGGAAACUCGACAGUGACUCUGGGGUGGGAAGCGAUAAUGGGGACAAACGCCUUUCUGCCACAGAGCCAUCAGAUGAGGACAGUCUGAGUCUAAAUGUUCCUAUGUCCAACAUCACAGAAGAGGAAGGAAUAUGUAAAGAUGACUCCAUCGAGCAUAUCAGUUCCCUGACAGCAGACCAAAGCCCCUCUGACCCAGGACAGUUUGGCUACAGAGAUUCUGCCUAUACUACUCGAUUCGUCAACUACAUCAAGGGUCGAGGUGUUGACUUCGACGAGCCCCUCAGAAUUGAGGAAGACGGUAACUGGGCAGCUGAGCAGUCGUCAAAGGUUAACCUGAUCAGCCCACUGAAAGAGGCUGUGGAGCUGUUGCAGAAUCCUAACAGGGUGAACAUGAGCUCAGCUGAUUUGGCGGGAAUUAAACUCUACCCAGUGGAAAUGGUCACAGUGGACGAAUCUCUUAACGGUCAGGAGAGUGAAGACGGCCAGACAACGCCUAAGGACGGUCCGGAUGAAGGCUGGGAGUUCCAGAGGAAGAGGCAGUAUAUUCUCAAACGGGCUCGGCUGGAGGCCCAGCUUGCGUGCCAGCAGUACACCUUCUAUGUGGCUCAAAAGGGUGAGAUGAUUUGUCAGGAGAAGACAGAUGACGGUCGAGCAGAGCAAGAGAACAGUGAAGCCCAGAGCCCAGUGUAUUCACCUCCAUUCGGCUUGAAGCCCCGAUCAGCUCCGCCCUCUGUCCCUUGCUUGCCUUUGUCCAUCAAUAGAGACACGCCCAGUAAGCCACAUGAUGGAUGUAUUCAGAGCAGUGUUUUCCUGAGAACUCCUAAGAGUCUGGAAUCAGUGGAUCCUCAGUUCACCAUGAGGAGGAAGAUGGAGCAGCUCAGAGAGGAGCUGGAACUCACGGAGCAGCUACGAGAGAGCAUUGAGAGCAGACUGAAGGUUGUGCUUCCUGAAGAUCUCGGCACUUCGCUCAUGGAUGGGGUGGUGCUCUGUCAUCUAGCCAAUCACGUCAGACCACGCUCGGUCGCUAGCAUCCACGUUCCUUCUCCAGCAGUACCCAAGCUCAGUAUGGCUAAAUGCCGCCGGAACGUCGAGAACUUCCUGGACGCUUGCAGGAAGAUUGGUGUUCCCGAGUCAUCUCUCUGUUCGGCAUACGACAUACUUCAGCGUUCGCUGAGGCCGGUCUGGGGCACGGUCCGAGCCCUGGUGUCACUGGAGAGCAAGCGAUUGAAGGACAAAGAUGGAGGGAUGGCUGGAGAAAUGGCGGAAAGAGAAAAAGUGGAAAGCGAGAGCCUCAGUCCCUGUCAGGAUCAGUCCGCUCCCUGGCAUAUCUGGGAUCUGAUUGGCUCGAGUUUGGUGCAUCUGUUCUGCCUGCUGCUUCUGUUUGGGGCCUACACCUGGAGCGAACUGACAUAACACACAUUCUCACACUCUGCAUCACACAUACACACACACACUAAUACACAAUCUGUGGAUAGCACAUGCAAGUACCCUGAAUUCACACCAUCCAUUCAGUCUACAUUGCACAAGUUCCAUUCGUGCCAUUGGCACAACAGCAUUAAAACAAAAAAAAACAAGCAAACAAACAGCCAAUGCAGUAAAACAUGAUAAGAGAUCGUCUUUUUUCCGGUUAUCUAUGAGUGUAAUUAGCAUAUAAAUAUUCUGUUAUGCAACUGCAGGCUGCACAAUCAUGAUAUCAUUGUAGAUUCUGGUUAAAACAAAGUUGACAGCGAAUAAAAAGUGGAAGUGUGGAGUCUGUAUACACUGAGUUUACACGUCACUCGCAAGGACAGUAGAAAUAAAAAUAAGCACUGCAGGACACAUGGACUCUCCUGUAACGGAGUCUGAAAUGGAAGCUUGUGUGGCCAGUCCAUACUCUCCAAACCAGACGUUUACUUUAGCUCACUUACACAUGCGUUUUGUCAUUGCAUUAUUAUCAUUAAAAAAAAUUCCCACUUAAAUAUAGUUGAUCAGCCAAGAACUUGGGAGUGUAUCAUUCCUGCGAGACAGUUCAAUGCUCGAUACUUGAUUAAAGCUACAUAGAUAUAGCCAUUGAUUCAAAUCAGAGAUAUUGAUGUUAUAGUGUGAUUUAUUGUGACUGACAGUGCAGAGGCCACACCUCCUUCAUUAUGACUAACAGUGCAGAGGCCACACCUCCUUCAUUAUGAUCGACAAAUACAGAGGCCACACCUCCUUCAUUAUGACUGACAAAUACAGAGGCCACACCUCCUUCAUUAUGCCUGACAGUGCAGAGGCCACGCCUCCUUCAUUGUGACUGAUGAAUACAGAGGCCACACCUCCUUCAUUGUGACUGAUACAGUGGCCAUGCCUCCUUCAUUAUGCCUGACAGUGCAGAGGCCACACCUCCUUCAUUAUGACUGACAAAUACAGAGGCCACACCUCCUUCAUUAUGACUAACAGUGCAGAGGCCACACCUCCUUCAUUAUGAUCGACAAAUACAGAGGCCACACCUCCUUCAUUAUGAC